AUGGUAUACAAUUCGUUGACUGAGGUUCCUCGCAACCUCAAGGAGGGCAUUGACUGGUUGAUGGCACUGAAGGGCGCCAAUGCUGAAAAGAACUUGGCGGCUUUCGGUGCAGCCGUCCACAAAUUCCUCGCAGACAAGCCUGUUGGCUUUGCGGAGUUACCAGCGCUGGAAAGCGUUAAACUUAUUUCUAAGGAGUUCCUGGAGCAGGAGGGACUUAAGAACCAGCCAGUCGUAAAAAAGCUGCUGGGGAGAUUCAGCGGGUCUAUGAAUAAAAAUCCCGGCUUUUUUGCUAAAGCCUUUGGCACUGUCGAUGAAAGUGAUUAUAAGAACGUCAUAAAGACCAAGCGUCUAACGGAGAAAGCCGUUGCAGAUAAAUUGGGUAAAGUUAUGCUUGGUACUGAGAAAUUCUUGGACAACGUCAAAAUCCCUGGCCAGUACAAGUCUGCUUACAGUUCGGAAGCGACUUGGGAUGCAUCAUGCGCGAAUGAGCCGGAGGCUUGUGCGGUCAUCUUCGUGGGUAUUGCGCCAAUGUUGUACACAGGCCUACGUUCUUUGAUCAGGGAGAGCGAUAUUGCAAUUCGGAGAUGCGCGCCGUUUGGUUCGAGUAAGACUUUGGAAAAGGUAUUGGAACCCAUGGGUUACAUGGAGACCGAUUGCCGCACUAGCGUGCGUGCUUCCGAUGUCUUUAAGGCGCUGAGAGGCGUGAGUCAUCAAAUGUUGACCACGCUCUACGACCUCUCUGGAUUCUGGGCCUUCUAUGGAUCUGGUAAAGCAGGAGACGAGAAGGCUGUAGAACCUAUUCAAGAGGAACAAUCUGUAGAGCCAGCGGACUCAGUAGACCAAGUGUGGCCAGUAGACCCUGUGGAACCCGUAGAACCAGUAGAACCUGUGGAGACAGUGGAUCCCGUGGAGUCUGUGGAACCUGUACAGCCUAUGGACCCAGUAGACCAAGUGUACCCAGUGGAACCUGUGGAGACUGUAGAGCCUACUAAAGAGGAACAACCUGCAGUAGUUGAAGAACUUGUGAAAGCUGAAGAACCUGUAAAAGUGGUCAAAGCUGCGAAAUCUGUAAACGCUGCGAAAAAAGCUGCAAAAAAGGUUGCAAAGAAAGCCCGACAAAAGAAGAAUCGGGCCCAGAAUUCCCAGUGA